AUGGCACUUCGACUUGCUUCACGUAGACUGAGUCCAAUAAUCUCCUCAAUACGUCAUAGGAAAAUCGGGUCAGCCACUAAAUAUGUCCCUUUGUUUGAAACGGUUCAUAUGCCGGAGACUAAGGUGACUACUUUGGGAAGUAACGGUUUUCGGAUAGCUUCUGAGAACUGGAAUACUCCUACAUGCACGGUUGGCGUUUGGGUGGACGUUGGUAGUCGAUAUGAGACGGAAUCUAAUAAUGGUGUAGCUCAUUUCCUUGAGCACAUGGCUUUUAAGGGGACUGAAAAGAGGAGUCAACAGUCUUUAGAACUUGAAGUGGAAAACAAAGGUGCGCAUUUGAAUGCAUACACAUCUCGUGAGAUGACGGUGUAUUAUGCGAAAUGUUUUGUUGAGGAUCUACCUUGGGCGGUUGAAUUAUUAUCGGAUAUAUUAAAGAACAGCAAGUUUGAGAAUAGUCAGGUCGAACGUGAAAGAGGGGUCAUUUUACGGGAAAUGGAGGAAAUUGAGAGUAAUUACCAGGAGGUCGUCUUUGAUUACCUGCAUGCAACUGCUUAUCAAGGGACACCUCUUGGGAGAACGAUUCUUGGACCUGUAGAAAAUGUCAAAUCUUUGAAAGCCAGUGAUAUGAAGAAUUUUAUCAAACAGAACUAUAAAGCACCACGAAUGGUGCUCAGCGCUGCAGGAGGAGUCGACCAUAAGCAACUAUGCGACCUCGCGGAGAAACAUUUUGGCGAUCUCCAGGCAUCUUAUCAGGAAGGCGAAGGGGUACCAAGCAUACAACGCUGUCGUUUUACAGGCUCUGAGAUUCGUGACAGAGACGAUGCUAUGCCAGUAGCUCAUGCUGCGAUAGCGUUCGAGGGUCCGGGUUGGCAAAGUUCAGACACAUUAGCACUGAUGGUUGCAAGCAGUCUGCAUGGUGCUUGGGAUAGAAGCUAUGGGGGAGGAUUUAAUGUUGCCAGCAAGCUGGCCUCCAAGUUUUUUAUGGAAAAUUCGGUACACAGUUUCCAGCAUUUCUUUACUUGCUACCAUGAUACUUCUUUAUGGGGAGUUUACUUAACAGCAGAAAAGAUGGGUUUGGGUGAAUCUGUUGGAGAAUUCCUUAAAGAAUUUGUCCGUAUGUGUACUCAGGUUACUCAGCAUGAAAUCGACAGAGCGAAGAACCAAUUGAAAACACAUCUUCUUUUGCAGUUAGAUGGCACUACACCUAUUUGUGAAGAAAUUGGUCGGCACAUGUUGGUGUAUGGUCGUCGUAUACCUAUAACUGAAUUGCUAGCCAGAAUUGACGCGCUUAAUGCUGAACAUGUUAGGGAAACAUGCAUGAAGUACUUCUUUGAUAAAUGCCCUGCUGUCGCGUCCAUCGGUCCAGUGGAAACCAUGCUUGACUACAAUCGUAUUCGGGAUAAAACUUGGUGGCUUCUUCUAUAA